UGGAGGUACGGAGGGGCGGGCUGCAGACUUGCAUUCUGUAGCUAAGGUCGGGGAGAGUUACGAUAGAGUCCUUCCAGGGGAGAUGGGUACACAGCUCUGAAUUCUUCUGCGUUCUGAUUUUCCUAUCUGGUGUUAUCUAUCAUAGGUUUUUUUCUUUCACCUUUUUUCUGCGUACGUAUUUACAAAGCGGGACCCACAAACACAUCUCGACCACAAGCACUUUUGUCUUCUCACCUGCACUUGCGGUGGUCAGGAGAGGUACCGUAAAAUGGAUCAGGACAAAUACUUACCAGAGCUGAUGGCCGAAAAAGAUACCUUGGACCCAUCGUUUGUUCAUGCAAUUCGCCUUCUGGCAGAGGAAAUUGAGAAGUUUGAAGGGGAUGAACUACGGAAAGAUGGUGAAGUUAAGAAGUACCUGGAUGUCAUCAGCAACAAAAACAUUAAACUUUCUGAAAGAGUGCUCAUCCCAGUUCAGCAGUACCCAAAGUUUAAUUUUGUUGGGAAGCUACUGGGGCCCAGAGGCAAUUCCAUGAAACGAUUACAAGAAGAAACAGGAGCAAAGAUGUCUAUUCUGGGCAAGGGCUCGAUGCGGGACAAAGGCAAGGAGGAAGAGCUGAGGAAAAGCGGCGAGGCCAAGUACGCCCAUUUGAGUAAUGAUCUCCAUGUUUUAAUUGAAGUCUUCGCUCCUCCCGGAGAAGCCUAUUCCCGGAUGAGCCAUGCCUUGGAGGAGAUUAAGAAAUUUCUGGUCCCGGACUACAAUGAUGAGAUCCGACAGGAGCAGCUUCGUGAGCUCUCCUACUUGAACGGAUCAGAAGACUCCGGAAGAGGGAGGGCAGCACGAGGGCGUGGCCUGCGGUUGGCGUCAACGGCAACCACAAGGGGUCGAGGAGGAGCAGUGCCCCCUCCGCCUCCAGGCCGAGGAGCAGCCGCUCCAAGAGGCGCAGUGACCACACGCACCUCCCUCCCGGCGGCUACGCUAGCCCGAGGGGCCCCCACACCGAGAGCCAGGGGGGGCGGCACGUCCACGCCAGGGUACAGGGCCCCUCUCCUCCAAACCACACAGGAGUCCUACGACGACUAUAGUUAUGAUGAUGGCUACGACGGAGAAUAUGAUGACCAGAGUUAUGAUGCCUAUGAUGAUACUUAUAGUAAUCAGUCAAAAAGCAUUUCUGAAUAUUAUGAAUAUGGCCAUGGGACCUCUGAAGAAUCCUACAACAACUAUGCAGAAGAGGACUGGACUACAACACGCCCCGCACCUCUAAAAGCCCCAGCAGCAAGGCCCGCAAGACGGGGGUACAGAGAACAUCCAUAUGGACCCAGGAACCGUCCAUUUAAACCUAGGCCUUGAUCCAACCCACUGAUUUUUGAUAAGAUGGACUCAUUAGUUGAACUAUGAGAGGGGAAAGCAAACAGUGAGAUCUAAAUGUGAAAAGGCGGGGUCCAAGCGCCAGACCCUGCCGUGAAAUGCUGUCAUUUUGGUUGUACAUAUCUGUGUGUUAUUCGUAAACAAAAGCAUGAAGUUGCCACAUAACUUACGCUUACUGAUCCUUUUCGUGAUCCUGUUUUCAUCAAGGCCAGAUUGAUUUAUUAUUAUUAAGUGAAGAUAACCAUCUUGUAUAUAACUUCUUUUUUAAUACUUGUUAAUUUAAUUAUUUUAACUAUUGCGUUUGUAAAUUUAAUUUCAAUUUCGUUAUUGGGGUAGAAAGCAGUCAGCUAUGUAUGUAGCUACCGACAAGUGCUCUGUUCUGUGUUAAGAUGUAUUUGUACAUAAAACAUGUAAUAAAAGAACAUAAAGCACAAUGUGUAAGCUUCUCUAAAUAGGUGGCCAUUUAAUUGUCAAAUUGUUUGCCAUAAUUUGUCAAUAAUGUUGAAAUCUUUCUCUUUUUUGUAAAAUUAGAUGCAUUCCAAGUACUUGUUUAUAGUAAUAAAUGCCUGCUUGGGUUCAGGAAAUGGCUAAAAUGUUUUCUUUUUUUAAAUACGGAAAUAAAUUUUCAAAACUUUUGAAGUCAUUUUGUGUAAGUCCAGACCAGCUACAUUAAUCCACUCAAGAGGCACCAUUUUAAUGCUAGAGCUAAAUUGUUCAUUGACUAUUGAUUAGUUCAUUAAAUGUAUAACAUGUUAAUGGAAAUCAAUUGUUUAGAACAAUAAAUUCAUUUUUAACAUAUUCUUUAAGCUUGGCCUCAUUAAACGCCAAUUUUGAUUGACCAGCCUGCACUAGAAUGUCUCUGAGAAUGUUAUGGCGAUAAAGAGGUAAGGAAAAAACCAUACUACAAUAAGACUGUCUAAAUGCCUUCUUACCUUUAGUGUUGGCCAGUAUGCCCACGUUAUAUGUGCAUACUGUCGCUAUUCACAAUCUGUUUCUAGACGGGGAGUGGGGUGCACUAAGAUAUCCAUCUUUGUUCUCUGCUAUCUCUGUCUUCUCUCCAUCACUGUGAGUCCAGCUCAGUCUUUGUACUGUAAUAUCAGUGCUUUAUAAACAAUACCUCUGCUACUGCACCUGAAGGCCGGUAGAAACGUGACCUCUCUUUUGUGACUUAUUAGACUUGAAGGCUGACGCACUAAUUAAGAGACUGAAAGGAUCACUAAACACUUAAGCAGGUGAACUAUAAUGCUUAGGAACACAUCUAAGCAGGAGCAUCAGAGUAUAGAGUAGAUGAGGGGAGGCGAUGCAGGACCUCGGAAGUCUGCUUGGAAUAAUGCGAAGCAGUCAGAUUGGGUAUACAGAUUAAUUAUACACAUGACUGAUGGUCUUGGGGGACUGCCUGCUCGAGUGGAACUGCGCCCCUGUAUGACAACGCUUUGAACAUUUGGCGCUACACAGAGUAGAGAACUUGAGGGGGGGAAUAUCAGAAAAGUGCAGAAGAAGUCUCCUCUUCAUCUGAUGAUUGACUGUGAACCACUACACAGUCACUGUUGUUGUCUGAAACCAGAAGACAAGAUGAAGCAGGAUUGUUUAUCUUAGAGGGAGGAGGUAAUUAUCACUACUGACAUUCACUUCCUAAUUAAUUCAAUUAAUUCCAUGCAGUCAACCUGUGCUGUUUUUAUGUGGGGGAUCGGAGACAGCUGGCCUGGUAUCCAUCCUGUCUGCUGUCUGCUUUAGAGGCUGCCAGUAAAACUAAAGACUGGAAGCAUGCACCGCACAAUACCACCACCAUCAGCACCUCCAUCACGACCCCUCCUUGUCAUUGUGAGAAGGAUGAAGAGAAGCGCCUGGAUUACCCAGGAUCAGAUAAGAUAGCGGCUCGUCUUGAUGAGAAAACCUUAAUAAAUUCCUGUUCCACGAGAGCCCCUGAACCACACACAGAGGACUUCCUGAUUCAGACACUGCCGGGACGCUAGUGCAGAUCUUGCAAGGUGCUGAUAACCUCAAGUUGAACUGAUGUGGGAAAGAAACAGAGAGAGAGAGAUGGUGUGAUGGGCUGCCUUCGUAUACUAAGGAAGAGAGAGCCACUGGGAGACAGUCCCUUUCCUUGGCAAGAGUGUCGCCAAGUCACCAAAUAUCCAGUAUAGACGAGUUGUACGUGUUUUCACCAUGAGUUUUCACCUAUGGCCCCAGGAAGCAACCAUCCCUGUCUGUUAUUGGCCGACCAAUCUCACAUACAGUACACCUCAGAGGACUGUCAGAUGUGAAUGCAGCCGCUCAAGGAUUUUUCAAUACUCACAGAAAUGCAACGUAUCCAUCUGUAACAGUCUGUAAGUGGCACCAGUGGAAACGUCUGCCAAUGAGACUUGUACCCAAAAGGUCAAAUGGACUCAAUUCAUGAAAAGACAGGCAUGAGGAUAAAGCUGGGCCUCCAGGAUUGAAGAACAGUUUGCAGUUUGGUCAAGGCGGAAUGCUGAAUGAUGAUGCUGUCUUUCUAUUGAAGUAUGUUGCUGAAUAUUCUGUGAUUCAAUAAAAAGGGUUUUUAUUUAGCUUG